CUUUUUCUGCGAAAUUUUCGGACAUCUACGAGUAUGGACUCGAAGCCGAUCUCGUAUCCAGCACUGUCAUGCGUUAUCAAGUACUUGGAGGCGAAUAGAAGAUUCCGACUCGUCGCACAGUGCCCAUCGCUUGAAAAACUUGAGAAGGCACAGCCUCUCAUUAUGACUGACCUGGUAUUGGGUCGUAAUUCAAUCAGAGUAAAUGAAGUAAAAUAUACAAUUGGCACUGAAAGCAAAUUUGAUGAUCCUGCCACACUUACGAUGAACCAACUCGAUGGACGACGUUCCAAGAUCAAUGUUUCCUAUUUGGAAGUUCCAGAAGAUGGUCUAAUUCUUGAGCUGCCAGAAUCCUUUGAGAAAUUCAAAGUUGGAUAUUUUGUAUAUUGGUCGUCUGACAAUCCGCUUAUUGAUCGAUUUAUCGAUCGUAAAAGCAUCCCAUUAUAUUCAAUCAUUAUCCCGCAAUCUCUCUCAAUGGAAAUGCUGUCACGAAUUGAGCAAGACGAGAUUUUGAAGACGGCUAAACACUUGGAUAUUCGUCAUGUUCCUCGAGAACUUUUUCACUUAUUUGGAACUCUGCCCAACAAACUAGCCUUAACUUACAUUUAUAGUGGAGAAGUUUUCGAUUUUCUCAAUUUGAUCGACACUAUGAUCCAGCAAAAUCGGAAAGAAGGCUUAUCUCGUUGCUUCGUGACUUGCGAUGUCGAAUUGGUGGAAGAUUUAUACAAAGUGUUCCGUGUACUGGCAGAAGAUAAAGAUUCUGCGAUUUUUGACAUUGAGGAAUAUGAAGAGUAUGUUGAAUUUGAUGAAGAUUUCAUCAAAUGCAAUGAAUUCCCAAAUGAAAUCGCAUUUUGGAUCGAUGAUACGAUGGUCAUUUCCGUUAAAGCUAUGACAUUUGAUGACGGUUUUCACAUUUGGAUCUCGAUUCGCAAAGAUGAUAAAUCACAACUUUAACUGUUCAUAAAUUAUUUUCAAGAAACCCGAACAAAUUCCCAUGUAUUAUUAAUGGUUCUUUAACUGAUUCUUAGCGUCACACAAAAAUUACGAUUCAUUUUUCGGUUCAAUUUUUAAAAUUUAUUGGAAAAUAAAGAGUUUAAUA